AUGAGCGGAUUAUGGGAUACAGAUCGAGUCGAAGUAUGAGUUCUUUUCUCUACAGAUCUACACACAAACACACUCGCCAGACAUAACCCGCCACAAUGCCUUCCAUCACCACACCAAUCGAGAACGACUCGAUCCGAUCUGCACCUCUUAAGAAGCAAGUCACCUCUCACGCCCACCCUCUGGACCCCCUUACAUCCGCCGAGAUUCUCGCAACUUCCCGCGCAGUAAGGAAAUACUCGGACGCUCUCAAGGUCCCCCUCGAUAGGCUCUUGUUCAACUCGAUCACCCUCCGGGAACCGCCCAAGCUUAGCGUUCUCAAAUGGGCGGGAGUUGUGCAGGAUCCGGAUGUACAGAACGCCGAUAGCGAGAUCGUGAGACAGGCGGAGGUCCACUGUCUCGACGCAGCCACCGCACGAGCUUUCGAGUGUAUCGUCGACCUCCCCUCAAAUCUCCCCUCUCAUGGGUCUUCAACUUCGGACAGCCAAGCGAUCGUAUCCACCUGGACUCCUCUGCCGGGGACGACUCAGCCGAGUUUACAGGUAGAAGAGCUCCUGUGGGCCGAGGAGAUUUGUAGAGCGGACAAGAAGAUCGUUGCAGCUUUGACCGAGGUCAACGUUAAGCCUGAGGACUGUUAUGUAGACGGAUGGUGCAUUGGAAUCGACGAGCGAUUCCCCGGCAGGCGAUUGCAACAGUGUUUCCUGUUCACCAAGCUGCGACCGAAUGACAACCUUUACGGCCAUCCUCUGGACAUGAUCCCCGUUAUCGACUCGUAUACGGGAGAAUGCCUCGCGAUCGAUUUCCCCCAUAUCAAUUCUCCCGACGCCCCUUCCUCGCUACAGGCCCACGAAACCGCCGAAAAGCGGGACCGAAUCCUCCCUCCCAUGCAACCUCACAACUACCUGCCCGAAGAGUUGGCCCAAGACGAACCGGAUUUCAAACUUCGAGAAGGGCUGAAACCGAUCGAUAUCACCCAGCCUGAAGGUGUCUCGUUCAAGUUUGAAGGGAGGACUCUUGUCUGGCAGAACUGGAGGGUCCACGUCGGAUUCAACUAUCGGGAGGGUUUGGUGCUCUCCAACAUCACUUAUGACGAUGGCAAGAAUGGCACGAGGCCAUUGUUCUACCGAUUGUCUGUCGCCGAGAUGGUCGUUCCUUACGCCAAGACGACCUUUCCUCAUCACCGAAAACAUGCCUUCGAUACCGGUGAAUACGGUGUGGGCGCAUUGACAAACUCUCUGGAGCUGGGUUGUGACUGCAAGGGUCAGAUCGCCUACCUCGACUUCCAUGGAAACAACCGAAAGGGUGAUGUCGAGACCAUUAAGAACGCCGUUUGCAUCCAUGAGGAAGAUGCUGGUAUCUUGCACAAGCACACCGACUUUAGGAACAACCGCGCGCACGUAGCGAGGAACCGAAAGCUGAUCAUCUCGACGAUCUGCACCGUGGCCAACUACGAGUACGGGUUCUACUUCUCCUUCGACCUCGCUGGUACCGUCGAGCUCGAAGUUAAGGCUACGGGGAUCGUCAACGCCUACGUCUUGGCCGAGAACGAACCUAGGGACGAUGCACACGAGGUCAUCGUCGCCCCGAGGAUCGCCGCUCAGCAUCACCAGCAUCUCUUCUCGCUCCGAGUUGACCCGAUGAUCGACGGCCUGAACAACCAGAUCGUCCAAGUCGACGCCGUCCCCGAUUCCGCCCCCGUCGGUAGCUCAUCCAACUACUACGGGAACGGGUUCUACAACAAGAAGACGCUCUACAAGACGACCAAGGAGGCCGUGGCGGACUACGAUGGACGGUCGGGAAGGAUCUGGAGUAUCGAAAAUCCGAACAAGAAGAAUGCUUAUAGUGGGAACAAUGUUGGGUACAAGAUGGUGUGCACGCAGAUGCCACCCUUGUUGUGUCAAGAAGGCUCGAUGGUCUGGAAACGAGCUCCCUGGGCGAGACACAACAUGUUCGUAACACCCUACGCCGAGGACCAACUCUACCCCUCCGGAGUACACAUCAACCAACACCCGGGAGGUGACGACGAUUUCGGUCUAGCCGAAUGGGUCGACAAGGACGCGGGGAUCGUCAACAAGGAUAUCGUCAUGUGGGCCAGUUUCGGGAUGACGCAUUUCGCCAGACCGGAAGAGUUCCCCAUCAUGCCCGUCGAGCAUUUGCGCAUCCAUCUGAAACCGAGCUCCUUCUUCUUGCGCAACCCUGGACUCGACGUGCCCUCGAGCGCGGACGAAAAGUCCAAGAACGCCCAUGAUGCGUUUACGAACGGUCACGGUAACGGUAACGGCAACGGCAACGGCGCGAUGUCAUCGUCGUCAUCAUCAUCUUCAUCCGCUGGUUCCUCAUGUUGUCGCUCGUAACUCGCUCUUAUAGACCGAACCCCAACUUUGUACCACCUCGCCCCGGACUCGUCCUUCUUUGUAUGGCCAGUUGACCAACCGAAUUCGCAUAGCCGUUGUUAGUAAAAGUCGAUGUGAAACGCCCUUCCAGCUUCCUUGUUGUAUGACCGAUCAAGAUGCAAAGAUGACACAGCCUCUG